CAUUUAUCAAAUGAAUAAUGUUUCUUUUCAUGUGUUGCAGGUAACAAAGAAGGCUCUACCCCAUUCAGUAAGAAGAGCCUGACGUUUAUCCCAGACAGUGGCACAAAAGGAAGGGUAUUCAUGGAUUUUAAACCACACUUCUUAAAGAGUUUGAGAACACUGGAAAAAUAGUUUGUUCUCCUACGAUACAUCCAGAGUAAGGUUGUUUCUGAUGCAGCUGAGAAAAAUGCAGACCAUCAAAAAGGAGCAGGCCUCUCCUGACACUAGUAGCAACGCGGACAAGAUGAUGACACUCAAUUCUGCUUUAUCCGAAGUGUCCGAAGACUUGACCACAGGUGAAGAGUUACUUCUGAAUGAAGGAAGUGUGGGGAAAAACAAAUCUUCUGCAUGUCGGCGGAAACGGGAAUUCAUUCCUGAUGAAAAGAAAGAUGCUAUGUACUGGGAAAAAAGGAGGAAAAAUAACGAAGCUGCCAAGAGAUCUCGGGAGAAGCGUCGACUAAAUGACCUGGUUUUAGAGCACAAACUGAUUGCACUGGGAGAAGAAAACGCCACUUUAAAAGCUGAACUGCUUUCACUAAAAUUAAAGUUUGGCUUAAUUAGCUCCACGGCGUAUGCUCAAGAGAUUCAGAAGCUCAGUAGUUCUGCCGCUGUGUACUUCCAGGACUACCAGACGUCCACGUCCGGCGUGAGCAGCUCAUGUGUGGAUGAGCAGGAGCCGGCGAUGGUGGCCAGCGGUUGCGUUUCCGUCAUUAAGCACUCUCCCCAGAGCUCUGUGUCUGACGUUUCAGAGGUGUCCUCCCUAGACCACGUGCAGGAGAGCCCUGUGCAGGGGGGCUGCAGAAGUCCUGAAAACAAGUUCCAAAUCAUCAAGCAAGAGCCGAUGGAACUCGAGAGCUAUGCAAGGGAGCCACGCGAAGACCGGGGCUCCUACGCAGCAUCCAUGUAUCAGAACUACAUGGCGAGUUCCUUUUCUGGCUACUCACACUCUCCCCCUCUGCUGCAAGCCAACCGAUCCUCCAGUAACUCUCCGAGAACGUCUGAAACCGACGACGGUGUUGUAGGAAAGUCAUCUGAUGGAGAGGACGAGCAGCAGGUGCCCAAGGGCCCCAUCCAUUCUCCAGUUGAACUUAAACGUGUGCACGCGACAGUGGUCAAAGUCCCAGAAGUGAAUUCCUCCGCCUUGCCACACAAGCUUCGGAUCAAAGCCAAAGCCAUGCAGAUCAAAGUGGAAGCAUUUGAUAAUGAGUUCGAUGCCACACACAAACUUUCCUCGCCUGUUGACAUGACAUCUAAAGGACAUUUUGAACUCGAAAAGCAUAGCACCCCUAGCGUGGUGCAUUCUGCCCUCCCUCCUUUCUCAGUGCAAGUGACUAGCAUUCAAGAUUGGUCUCUCAAAUCGGAGCACUGGCAUCAAAAAGAACUGAAUGGCAAAACUCAGAAUAGUUUCAAAGCUGGAGUUGUUGAAAUUAAAGACAAUGGUUACAAAGUUUCUGACCCAGAGAAUUUGUACUUGAAGCAGGGGAUAGCAAACUUAUCUGCAGAGGUUAUCUCACUGAAGAGACUUAUAGCCACACAACCAAUCUCUGCUUCAGACUCUGGGUAAAUUACUACUGAGUCAGAGCUGGGUGUUUAGAAAGAUGUCAUUUGCAGUAGAUCAGUGUGUUUUGUAUUAUGCUGAAUUGUCACUGGACCUGUGAUGUCAUUUCACUGUAAUGUGCACAUGCUGUCUGUUUGGUGUCUUUUUGUGCACACAUAUAAUGAAGAUUAGAUUGUGUUAUCACUCUGCCUUGUGUAUAGUCAGAUAGUCCAUACGAAGGCUGUAUAUAAUGAACAUUAUUUUUGUUGUUGUAUUAUAAAGUGUGUUAAGUUACCAGUUUCAAUAAAGGAUUGGUGACAAACGCAGAA